AUGGAUACUCUGUUUAGGCUUGUAAGCCUCCAAAAACAACCCUCUCAUCAUCAUCAUCAUCAUCUCCACCAACACCAACAACAACAUCAUUCUAUCAACUCCACCAGUAGAACUUCAAGCAGUUCUAGAUCUUCCACCCAACCUCCAUAUCACUUUAAUUACCAACAAGGAGAAGAUCAAGAAGAAUGCUUCAACUUUUUCAUGGAUGAAGAAGAUUUCUCAUCUUCUUCCUCAAGGCACCCCCACCAAAAUCAGUACUACUCUUCUCAACAACCACAGACCUUCCACCACCAGUCUUCCGGUACGCCGACGCCCACAACCAGCACCACCAACACCAACACCCCUCCUCCGCCGUCGUUGUCCUACUAUGGCUUCUCUUCUUCCGAACAUCAACAGUCAUCUGAUCCCAACAUUAACUACUCUUACUCUCCAGCCCGUGAUGUCACCGCGGAGUUCUCUAAUUCCUUCUCCGGCAACACCUGGUCUGCCGAUGUUCUGCUAGACGCCGCCCGUGCGGUGGCGGAUAAAAACAGCGGUCGAUUACAGCAACUGAUGUGGAUGCUUAACGAGCUUAGUUCUCCAUAUGGAGACACUGAUCAAAAGCUAUCGUCUUAUUUCCUUCAAGCGCUUUUCAGCCGUAUGACGGAUUCCGGCGACCGAUCUUACCGGACUUUGACGUCGGCGUCGGAUAAAAUGUGUUCCUUUGAGUCAACAAGAAAACUGGUGCUGAAAUUUCAAGAAGUCAGCCCUUGGACGACGUUUGGACAUGUAGCUUGUAAUGGAGCGAUCAUGGAGGCGUUCGACGGCGAGAGCAAAUUGCAUAUAAUUGAUGUAAGCAACACCUACUGUACCCAAUGGCCGACUUUACUUGAAGCCAUUGCAACUCGCACCGAUGAAACACCACAUCUCCGUCUUACCACGGUAAUCGCAACCAAAUCCGGUGGUGGCGCUGCGGAUUCCGGCACCGGAGUACAAAAGGUUAUGAGAGAGAUCGGAAAUCGGAUGGAAAAAUUCGCUAGAUUAAUGGGUGUCCCUUUCAAAUUCCACGUAAUACACCAUACUGGAGACUUAUCCGAACUGAAUUUGAGUCAACUGGGAAUACAAGACGAUGAAGCUCUUGCUAUUAACUUAAACGGCACGUUACGUUCUGUCAACAAUCAUCGUCGAGAUUACUUGAUAUCAACAUUUAGAGGAUUAAAUCCUAAAAUCAUCACCAUUGUUGAUGAAGAAGCUGAUUUGGAUGUGGGUACAGAUGGGUUUGAAUUCGUGAGAGGUUUUCAAGAAUGUUUAAGAUGGUUUAGGGUUUACUUCGAAGCUCUCGACGAGAGUUUUCAGAAAACGAGUAACGAGAGGCUGAUGCUGGAGCGGGCGGCGGGACGGGCGGUGAUGGAUUUGAUAGCAUGCACGCCGGCGGAGUCCAUGGAGCGGAGGGAGACGGCGGCUCGGUGGUCCAGCAGGCUACAUGCAAGUGGGUUUAGUCCUGUUUCAUAUAGCGAUGAAGUGUGCGAUGAUGUCAGGGCACUUCUGAGGAGGUAUAGGGAGGGGUGGUCCAUGAUUCCGUCGGAAGCGGCGGCCGGAGUAUUCUUGACGUGGAAAGAAACACCGGUGGUGUGGGCAAGUGCAUGGAAGCCGAUAUGA